AUGGGAAACAGUGCAUCAAAAAGCCGAUCGAGAAAGCAUCAGAAAUCACGUAAAAUGGCUACUACAGAGACGAAUCAUAACAAUCAUGCUUCAGCAGUUCCGCCAUCAACAGUAACUCCUGAUUAUCGAAAGCCUCAACCGGAGCAAACACAACCACAGCUGGAACAAGAGGAGUAUUAUUACACAGAAGAGGACGCAGACGACCCAAAUGUCGUCGACUCACAUCACGAACAGAUCAAUAUCGAAUCCUGCAUAGAUAGAUUGCUCGCAGCUUCACAACACAAACACAUUGGAACGACGCUUUGCCUGGAUCAAACCGAAGUGAUUGCCAUCUGCCGUUAUGCCUAUAAUAUCUUUUUAGAUCAACCUACAUUACUAGAGCUGAAUCCUGGAGUCAAGAUAGUGGGAGAUAUCCAUGGACAAUAUCAUGACUUGAUAAGGCUGUUCCAGAUGAGCGGAUUUCCUCCAAGCUCAAACUAUCUGUUCUUGGGCGACUAUGUAGAUAGAGGCAUGUAUAGCUUGGAGACCAUCUUGCUUUUGCUUUGCUUCAAAAUCAAAUUUCCAGAGAAUUUUUUCCUUUUACGAGGAAACCAUGAGAGUGCAGAUGUUACACGAGUCUAUGGAUUUUAUGAUGAAUGCAAGCGUCGCAUGAAUGUGAGGAUUUGGAGGCAUUUUGUAGAUGUGUUCAACACAAUGCCGAUUGCUGCUUUGAUUGGGUCGAGAAUAUUUUGUGUGCAUGGAGGUCUCUCACCGUCAAUGCAAGCCAUGGAGCAGAUCACUUCUAUACAAAGACCAGUGGAGAUACCAGAAUACGGAUUGCUGAAUGACCUGCUGUGGUCUGAUCCGAGCGAUGCAUCCCCUGAUUGGAGCGAAAAUGAUAGAGGUGUUUCCGUGUGCUUUGGCACUAAAAAUGUGGACGACUUUUUGGCUCGAUACGAUCUAGACCUUGUUUGCCGAGCUCAUAUGGUUGUUGAAGAUGGCUAUGAAUUUUUCAAUCAGCGUAGAUUGGUGACCCUAUUCAGUGCACCAAAUUACUGUGGUGAGUUUGACAAUUACGGAGCUGUCAUGACCAUAUCCAAGGAUUUGUUGUGCAGUUUCGAGCUACUAGCGCCCGAAGAAAAAGUGGUUACCAUGGAACAGAAGCGGAAGAAGAAUAGUCUAUCAUUGCAAUUACCUGCUUGA